AUGGUUGAACCCAUGGCCAUGAACAUAUGUGGGGAUUGUAAGUUUUUGUUUGUGGAGGACACAGACACCCUCACACUCACACAACACUCAACUCCUACCACAAGGUACAACAGCAGUCCAGAAUCUAUAGAAAAUAUAUUAUCACAAGAAUUUCCAGAUAUGAUCAAUCUAGCCAGACAUAUGCAGCCUAUAGUCUCUGAUCAUGACCAUGGGUAUCAAUCCAGAUCAAGACAAUGGAGGAGAGUUUUAUCUGAUACGGAAAGUGAUGACUUUGAUUCUGUUUUUGAGGAAACUGAUAUCUUUCCAUAUUCUAAUUCCAAUUCUGGAAGUUAUGACACAGAUUCAGACUCCAUCCACGGUGAUCUUAACCAAUGGAACUCUGAUGAUGAUGAUGAUGAUGGUGAUGGUGAAAACACACAUGGAAGUUUGUUGGGUGGGGCUCGGCUGCACAGAUCAUUGGCGACAAAUGGACGGAAUCUCUCGGUGGAUUGGCUUAGGGAGGUUCUGUCUCCCGAGGCCGGAAUCGGAAUAGGAAUCAGUGAAAGGAGAGGAAUUGAUGGUAACUUGGAGGAGCAAGUGACAUGGCGUAGUGUUGGAGAGUAUCUUGAUGGUGAGAUUGAUAGAGGGGCGCCUCCUGCAUCAGCUUCAUUUGUGAAGAAUCUUGAACAUGUGGUGGUUGGAGAUGAUGACGUGGAGGGUUUGGGUUUGGUGUGUGUGAUUUGUAAGGAUAGUGUGUGUGUUGGGAGUGUAGUGAAUCGACUUCCUUGUUUACAUGUGUACCAUUCUUCAUGUAUUACACCAUGGUUAAAUGCACACAAUACUUGUCCCCUUUGUAGAUACGAGCUUCCGACAGAUAGUGACAGGAGGAGACCAGACAGAAGCCAUGCAUUGGUGGGGCGGAGUGAGAACGUGAGUGGUGGUGGUAGAGGAGGAGGGUGGUGGUUUGUGGUGGCUCCGCUAGUGAGUGUGGUGAGUAUUGGUCUUAUACUGUGGUUGGGGGGAAGGAGUAGUGGAAUGGAGAACAGAAGCAGGAGAUGGUGGUCUCUCUUGUAG